UAUCUACUCGUCAACGAGCCGGGGAGAAUAGCACACCCAUCUGCUCACGGAACGUCAGAAUUAACUAGAUUGCCUCGACGGUUUUCGGAAAUCUCUGCUCUUUCCCGUGUCAUCCCUACUUCAGCUUCUCUGCAACGCAGUGUAAUUUUAGUUCUUCCCCAAACCGAUUAAAUGAUGAUGAGGCUUUGGAAUUGGUAUACCAACUGCCUUUCUGUUCAUCCCGUUAAGACCCAGGUUAUUAGCUCUGGCGUCCUUUGGGCUGCUGGCGAUAUUACUGCACAGUACAUCACCCACUCUGCAACAAAGAAGCGUCUUCAGCUCUCUGAUGCAGAUGCUAAAUUUAUGAUCGAUUGGAAGCGUGUGGCUAUCACAAGUGGGUUUGGUCUUGGUUUUGUUGGGCCAGUUGGCCACUUCUGGUAUGAAGGAAUGGACAAGUUUAUAAGGUUCAAGCUUCAACUGCAACCAAAGUCAGUGCGAUUUGUAGCAACUAAAGUGGCAAUGGAUGGCAUCAUAUUUGGCCCAAUCCAUUUAUUUGUCUUCUUUACGUAUAUGGGAUUGUCGGCGGGCAAGACUAUUCCACAGGUGAAGGAAGAUUUGAAAAGGAAUUUCGUCCCAGCCUUCCUUUUAGAAGGUGGUGUGUGGCCAAUUGUCCAAGUUGUGAAUUUUCGGUACAUCCCUGUGAAGUACCAGCUUCUCUAUGUAAACCUUUUCUGCUUGCUGGACAGUGCUUUCUUGUCAUGGCUGGAGCAACAGAAGGAUGCACCUUGGAAGCAGCGAUUUAUGUCAUUUGGCCGUUUGAAGGAAAAAGGAGAUCAACAUAGUUAAGGAGAAUUAUAUCUCAAUUGCUUCCCCUAUUCAAUCUUUAGGACGCCUUUGAUAACAAAGGCAGAAAAAUUUUCCGUUAGGAAAAAAGGAGUUGGUGCAUCAUGUAAUAAAAUUGAAGCUUUUACAUUUGUAUAACUUUUGGGUAUUCUGAUGCACGGGAGGGAGUAAUUUUUUCAUUUUUGUUUUUAAACGGCAUAAUAGAUUACUUUUAUUUGUGAGCCAUGCGGGAUAUGAAAGUAUAAAAUUUCCAAGUUACUCAGUUUUCUUUGUUUAA